AUGAUGGACUACAGUUCCGACUCGGAGUAUUUUCAAAAAUGUCGAUAUAUUCAUGAGGUGGAGCUGGUGAAUAUGAGGCUACAAAUGCGCAUUCUUGAGACUCAUCUCGAGACAAAGGAUCGUCUUAUUAGGAAUCUGGAGGACAUCAUCGAUGAACAAGAGACAAGAAUUUCACAUAUGGAAGAUUUCAUUCAAGUGCUUUCGUUGGAUUUUGGCGCACUACGCGAGGAGAACAUGAAACUUAAAAUGGCACUCACCGAAGCACAUAAGAACAUUCGUUUAACUCAGCUAACGGAAGAUGACGAGGACUACGAGAGUGAUAUUCCGUCGAGUGAGGAUCGCUACAGAGUUAGCCCUCGCCCAAUAGGUGAUCUUAACUACCGCGAGUUGGCGCGAACUAUGAAAGACGACGGACAUCUGAAAAAACUCAAGAGGCUUUCUGAUGACCUCAAAAGAGAAAAGGAUGAAUUGCGACGACUUGCCAUGGAUACCAAGGAGGCGUUUUCUGUAUGCAUGGGCGAGGUUCGCAUGAUGCUGGAAUCAAAAACUGCCGAUUUCUUCCGGGUGCUCAUCGGUCGUUACUGCUCAGAGAUGCAGAAACGUAAACAACUUCACAAUCAACUGGUUGAAAUUAACGGCAACAUACGCGUGUUCUAUCGAAUUCGACCGCAGCUAGGAGAGAUCAGGGAGAAUCCUGCGGUAGUGAUCGAUGAAAUGGACAACGGAGUUGUGCACCUCGCACACCCAAGCGGCCGAAAAAGCAGUGAAGGAGCUGAUUUUGUUAUUCCAAUGGGUUACACCCAAAAACAGAUCUUCUCGAAAGUAUCACCGAUCAUUACCAGUUGCAUAGACGGAUACAAUGUUUGUUUAUUUGCUUAUGGUCAUACCGGUAGCGGUAAAACGUACACAAUGGAGGGACCAGAAUCGGAUCCAGGUAUUAAUCAACGGGCGAUCAUGCAACUUUUUGAAGCGGCCGAUGGUCGAAAUGGAGACAUCGAAUAUGAGAUCAACGUUUCUAUGAUGGAAAUUUACAAUGAAAAGAUAAGGGAUCUACUUGUCUCGUCCAGCUCACCACUAGCGAUAAGGUUAGGUGAGGAUGGUCAACUAUCGAUCCCUGGACUACGUGAAGUUCGAGUCACAUCAAUGAACCAUGUCAUAGAAGUGCUCCAAAUCGGAAAAAAGAACAAGGCGGUAGCAUCAACGGAAGCGAACGCCUGCUCAAGUAGAUCCCAUGUCAUUGUACGAGUUAUCGUAACUGCUAAGAAUAAAAUCACUGGCACAACUACAGUAGGCCGCCUUAAUCUCGUCGACUUGGCUGGCUCUGAAAGAGUCUCCCAGACCAACGCCACCGGACAACUUCUGAAGGAGGCACAAGCUAUCAACAAGUCUCUUUCUGAACUGGGUAAUGUUGUUCUGGCUCUGCGACAAAAUCAGAAGCACAUUCCGUUCCGAAAUUGUCAACUGACGCGAAUUUUGGAGGACAGCUUAAACGGUGACAGUAAGACGUUAGUGAUCGUACACCUUUCGCCCGAUGCAACUCAUUGCAACGAAAGCGCCAGUAGUAUGACCUUCGCGGAGAAAAUCGGGCAAGUUCAGACGAAAUUACGAAGGGACAGUGGUGUCCGGAAGAGCGGCACUGGUGGAAGGAAAUCCGCCCUUGACAAACCAAUGUCUCCGCGAAAAUGA